AUGUUUUGCCCGAGUUGUCAAGGUUCCCCACAAUAUUCUCAACGUUUCUACCCCCCGCCAAGUCCUCCAUAUCUAUCUCCAUCCACAUACCCAAUUCAACAACCACAAAUCCCAUUUCCGAGACAAUUCUAUGCCAAACCAGCCCAAUCACAGCAACAACAGCAACAUUUUUCCGCAACCUAUUCACCGCUUAGACCGCUCGUGCAAUUCAAUCCUAUGCCUCAAACCUAUAGAAUGCUUGAACCGAUUCUCCAACCAGCUCAACAACCACAAUACGCACAAAUGUAUGAACGAAACGAAAACGAAAACGGAGCUGCUUUACAAUCGGUGACCGAAGCGACUCUUUCAAAAGGACAAACAAAUGGAGUCGAACAGCCGGAUGGUGAGAGUUACGAUGAAGAGAUGCUAAAUCGAAAUGAUGGAGGCUUUUCGAAUCCUCAGACAGACUCCUAUGAAUCAUAUGAAUCGGUGGAAAAAUCUGCAGUUGACGAGCCAAAUCCUCAAAAUGGAUACAAAGAUGACACAUUUCAAAAUCAACAAGUUAGAUUGCCUCGAACCGAUACACUGACAUCGGAAGAGAAAUUCGAGUUAGCAAUGAGAAAAGGAGCGAUUGAUUACGAGGAUGGAGGGUUGAGUGAAGCGAUGAAGCCUGUUAAAACAAAGCAUUCAAGUCUUCAAAAAACCUCUCAAUUCAACGAUCCAUCGGUGAAGAAAAAUGAGAUUUUCGCUGACGGAUUAUCGAUUUUGAAAGAACAGAUGAACAACGAAUCUUUUGAGAGUUUAAAUUUGCGAUCAGAAGGAGGAGGAAAUAAAAAAAAAGGUCAAAUGACAAAUGAGGAAAUGGAGAUUUACGAUGAUUUACUCGGAUCGAGUUUUGGGAGAAGCUUUGAGAAAGACGGAGAAUCACUAAGUGCAACAACCACAUCCACUCAUUUCUCAUCACCGUCAUAUAAAGAAUAUGCAUUGCCAUCAUUGAGAAAACCGCAGAAAAUGAAACGAGAACAUCCAUCGAAAUGCGCAUCGGAUAAGUUGAGAUCGUUGAUGCACCAGUCAAUGUCCUCCUCUCCAUCAACGUCAAAACAAUUGGUUUAUUCGGCGGUGAGGGCGGCUUUCGAUGAGAAAUCUCCGGAUGUCAUUUGUAGUCGAUCGUCAUUUUCGUACAUCGUUGUCACGUCACCGAUUUAUUGUGAACACCGGAAAGCCCCAGUCACUUGUUUUGUCUAUUUUCAGCCU